AUGUGCCAGCUCGACGACUGCACGCUACAGCUCUCCCACAAUGGCGCCUACCUGGACUUGGAAUCCACCCUGGCAGAGCAGCGGGACGAGCUGGAAGGCUUCCAGGAUGAUGCUGGGCGGGGCAAAAAGCACAGCAUCGUCCUGAGGACACAGCUGUCCGUGAGGGUCCAUGCCUGCAUUGAAAAACUGUACAACUCCAGUGGGCGAGAUUUAAGAAGGGCCCUUUUCUCCCUGAAGCAGAUAUUUCAGGAUGACAAGGAUUUGGUGCAUGAAUUUGUAGUGGCUGAAGGUCUGACGUGUUUGAUCAAGGUGGGAGCUGAGGCAGACCAGAACUAUCAGAACUACAUUCUGAGGGCUUUGGGCCAGAUUAUGUUGUAUGUGGAUGGGAUGAAUGGAGUAAUAAACCACAAUGAAACCAUUCAGUGGCUGUACACACUCAUUGGGUCAAAGUUCCGCCUGGUGGUGAAGACAGCCCUGAAGCUGCUGCUGGUCUUUGUGGAGUACUCGGAGUCCAAUGCACCUCUCCUGAUUCAGGCCGUCUCUGCUGUCGACACUAAAAGGGGAGUCACACCCUGGUCAAAUAUCAUGGAAAUCCUGGAGGAAAAAGAUGGGGUCGACACAGAGCUGCUGGUUUAUGCCAUGACUUUAGUGAACAAGACGCUGUCAGGAUUGCCAGAUCAAGACAGCUUCUACGAUGUGGUGGACUGCCUGGAGGAGCUGGGCAUUGCGGCCGUGUCCCAGCGGCACUUGAACAAGAAAGGGACCGACCUGGACUUGGUAGAGCAAUUGAACAUGUAUGAGGUGGCACUGCGGCACGAGGAUGGCGACGAGACCGCAGAGCCGCCCCCGAGCGGGCGCCGGGACCGGAGGAGGGCCAGCGUGUGCUCCGGAGGCGGCAGCGGAGAGGGCGAGCAGCGGGGCCUGGACCGCAGGCGGAGCCGCAGGCACUCGGUGCAAAGCAUCAGGAGUCCUGUGUCGGCCCCCACCAGUCCCAGCUCCCAGUCGGCUCCUGGCUUCAAGCCCGGUCAAGUACGAGAGCACUGUGAAAAGGAAGAGGAGGAGGAGGAGGAAGAAGAGCAACCAGUCACGGAGCCCAAUUCAGAGGAAGAGAGAGAGGAUGAUGCCCCCUGUCAGGGCAAGGAAAGAGAGGCUCGCCCUGCCUCUGAGCAGAGCCCUGCUGGAAAGGAUACUGCUCCCCAGAGCUCAGCUCUCCCCACUGCUUCGAAUGCCGCCUCCCAGGGAAAACGAUGUCCAGCCAGCACUGCAGUGGGGGGCCCCUUGCGCAGCAGGUCCUCUGGGCCUGCCCUCGUGCUGCCACCCCUGACCCCUGCCUCUGCCUCCCGGCCCUCCUCCUCCGCGCCUGGCCCCCCGAAGGCAUCACCAACCAUAGAAAAGCUGCCCUAUGUGCCUCACAGCCCCUUCCACCUCUUCUCCUAUGACUUUGAGGAUUCGCCCUUACCCACCAAGGAAAAGGAGGCUGAGGCCCAGAAGGAAAGCAGUCCCUCUGAUUCUCUCCAUUUGAGCACAUACUCUGCCUCUGAGCCUUACAACUUCCGGUCUUUCUCUUCUAAUAGAUACAACAGCUUUGGCAACACCUCUUAUCACUCAAGACCUUCUGGAUCUGCUGUGCCCGCCACCCCCACGUCAUCUCUUUCACCUCCGCAGGAGGCCAGGCUGGAAAGGUCUUCACUGAGUGGUCUUCUCACAUCAUCCUUUAGGCAGCAUCAAGAGUCAUUGGCAGCAGAGAGAGAGAGGCGGCGGCAGGAGAGAGAAGAAAGGUUGCAGAGAAUAGAACGGGAAGAAAGGAACAAAUUCAACCGAGAGUAUUUAGACAAAAGAGAGGAGCAAAGACAAGCAAGAGAAGAAAGAUACAAAUACUUGGAGCAGUUGGCAGCCGAGGCGCACGAGAGAGAAGUGAGAAGCCGGAGCGCGAGCCGGGGCAGAGGUGACCUCUCCUUGGACCUGACCUCCCCGGCGGCCCCUGCCUCCCCCACCCCUCUGAGCCAUAGCUCUCCUUCUCUAGACUCACAAGAGGCUCUCGCGGCAUCAUCCUCUUCCCUGGGAACACCUCAGCAUCCCCAAGCCAGUGCUGGGGAUCCCGAGCCUGGACCGGAGGCGGAGGUAGGGCAGAGUGCGGACGAGGCCAGCCCUGAAGUAGCCCCUGCCCGCGUGGGAGCAGAGAGUGAAGCGGAGCGAGCACUGGAGCAAGAGCCAGAAGAGCGGGCCUCCCUCAGUGAGAAAGAGAGGCAGAGCGAGGAGGUGAACGAGAAGGACAACUGCUCCGCCUCCAGCAUCUCAUCCUCCAGCAGCACGUUAGAGAGGGAGGAGAAGGAAGACAAGCUCUCCAGGGACAGGGGACCUGGUUUGUGGUCCGCGGGUGUUCAGGAUGCCGGUGUAAAUGAACAGUGUGGCGACAUCCUCACCAACAAACGGUUCAUGCUGGACAUGCUGUAUGCCCAUAACAGAAAGCCCACGGAUGACGAGGAGAAGGGAGAGGGCGAGACCGGGAGGACUGAGCCGGGCGCGGAGGCGGUAGCCAGCCUGGCUAGCAGGAUAUCCACCCUGCAGGCCAACUCUCUGGCCCAGGAUGACAGCGUCAGGAGGGUGGACGUUGGCUGUCUGGACAAUCGGGGCAGCGUGAAAGCCUUCGCCGAGAAAUUCAACAGUGGGGACCUGGGGAGAGGGUCCAUCUCCCCUGAUGCCGAGCCUAAUGACAAAGUCCCAGAGAAAGCAUCUGCACAGCAGAAGACGGAAUCUGACUACAUUUGGGACCAGCUCAUGGCCAAUCCGAGGGAGCUGAGAAUCCAAGACAUGGAUUUCACCGACCUGGGGGAGGAGGAUGACGUCGACGUCCUGGAUGUGGACCUGGGUCCUAGGGAGGCUCCGGGGCCACCGCCCCCGCCCCCACCCACUUUUCUGGGUUUGCCUCCCCCGCCCCCACCACCCCUUUUGGACAGCGUGCCUCCCCCUCCUGUCCCCGGUAAUUUAUUGGCUCCUCCUCCUCCAGUGUUCAACGCUCCUCAGGGCUUAGGGUGGCCCCAGGUACCCCGGGGUCAGCCGGCAUUCACAAAGAAAAAGAAGACCAUCCGUCUAUUCUGGAAUGAAGUCUUGACCGUUGAUGGCCAUGUACAGAACAACACUUACUGCCGAGGGGAAUUCCUGUAAUGACAAUUGAAACUGGAACCUAUUAAGGUGGACACUUCCAGGCUGGAGCACCUGUUUGAGUCCAAGUCUAAGGAACUGUCCGUCUCAAAGAAAACUGCUGCAGAUGGAAAAAGGCAGGAGGUCAUCGUCCUGGACCCCAAGAGGAGCAAUGCUAUUAAUAUCGGUCUGACAGUGCUACCCCCCCCGAGGACGAUUAAGAUAGCCAUUUUGAAUUUUGAUGAAUACGCCUUAAACAAAGAAGGAAUUGAGAAAAUCCUAACCAUGAUUCCCACCGAAGAGGAGAAGCAGAAAAUCCAAGAAGCACAGCUGGCCAAUCCCGAUGUGCCACUGGGCAGUGCUGAGCAGUUCCUCCUCACCCUCUCCUCCAUCAGCGAGCUCUCCGCUCGGCUUCACCUCUGGGCAUUCAAAAUGGACUAUGAAACGACAGAAAAGGAAGUGGCAGAACCACUUUUGGAUCUGAAGGAAGGAAUAGAUCAACUGGAGAACAAUAAAACCUUGGGCUUUAUCCUGUCUACUCUUUUAGCCAUUGGGAACUUUCUAAAUGGAACUAAUGCCAAAGCGUUUGAGUUAAGCUACCUCGAGAAGGUUCCAGAAGUCAAGGACACCGUGCACAAGCAGUCGCUUCUCCACCACGUGUGCACCAUGGUGGUGGAAAACUUCCCAGACAGCUCCGAUCUGUACUCGGAGAUCGGGGCCGUCACCAGGUCAGCCAAGGUUGACUUUGAUCAACUUCAGGAUAAUUUAUGUCAGAUGGAGAGAAGAUGCAAAGCUUCAUGGGAUCACCUCAAGGCAAUUGCAAAACAUGAAAUGAAACCCGUUUUAAAACAACGAAUGUCAGAGUUCCUAAAAGACUGUGCAGAGCGAAUUAUAAUUUUAAAGAUUGUCCAUAGAAGAAUAAUUAACAGGUUCCAUUCCUUUUUGCUCUUUAUGGGCCACCCACCUUACGCGAUUCGGGAAGUGAACAUAAACAAGUUCUGCAGGAUCCUUAGUGAAUUUGCACUGGAGUAUCGCACCACCAGGGAAAGGGUUUUGCAGCAGAAACAGAAACGGGCCAACCACAGAGAAAGAAAUAAGACCAGAGGGAAGAUGAUCACCGAUACUGACGAAGAGGAUGAAGUGGAGUCCGGCAAGUUCUCCAGCAGCUCUCCGGCGCCUCUGAGCCAGCCGCAGGGCCUGAGCUACGCGGAGGACGCCACGGAGCACGAGAACAUGAAGGCCGUGCUGAAGACCUCGUCGCCCGCUGUGGAGGACGCCACCCCGGUGCUGGGCGUCCGCACACGCAGCCGAGCGAGCCGAGGAUCUGCUAGUUCGUGGACUAUGGGAACGGAUGACUCCCCUAACGUCACAGAUGAUGCAGCUGAUGAGAUCAUGGAUCGCAUCGUCAAGUCGGCCACCCAGGUGCCCAGUCAGCGAGUAGUGCCUCGGGAGAGGAAGCGCUCCCGGGCCAACCGGAAAUCUCUGCGAAGGACCCUCAAGAGCGGCCUGACUCCAGAAGAAGCCCGAGCUCUGGGCCUGGUUGGCACCGCAGAGUUGCAGCUGUGA